AUUUUCGAGAAAUUAAAGCUUUUAAAGCUAUUGUCGCAUAGCUAGCUUUAAAUUAACUUUUGCUAAAGCUUGGUUAGUUCAUACGAUUCCUUUUAGUCUUCGUUCAGAUUCUGAAGUGCUCUGUGUGCUAUGGAUAGUGCACAGUACAUAGCCUUUCUAAAUUGUAAAAUUUAUUAUUAAGGCAUAUGAGUAACCAAAAUCAUGUCGGAGUUAUCUAAAACCAAGACGUCACGCUUUAUAAAAGAAAAAGUGUGUGAAACAGAUGAAACAUGCAUGAAAAUAAUUAAAGAAAAUAAACUUACUUCAUCUGCUGCACAAAAUGUAACAAACAACUGUGAUUAUGAUGUUGAAAAUAUGGAAGGUUGUGAUCACAAAGAGCUCAACUUAAUUAAUACGGAAUCAGCUUUUAUAUUUAAUAAUCAAAUGGGAAAACUGCACAUUGAUGGUAAUGACCCAAUUCAAUGUAUGUCAAUGCAUUCUGAAAUUCGCGAAUGUGCCCGUUCUCGCUCAAAUAUCCAUGACAAAAGAGAACAUAGCACAAAAAACAAAAGGACCGAUAGGUAUAAUGAUCCUCUAGAUGAACAAAUGCAAUGUGAUUGCAAGGACCUAAGAAAAAAAAAUUGCACAAAAGAGAGUGAAGUGAUUUAUGAGAAAAAUAUAUUGACAACAUCAGAAAAUGACAACUCGGCAUCAGAAAAUAAAUGUGUCUUAACACAUGUAAAUAGAGACAAUGAUGUUCAAGCCAAUGAAAUAAAACAUUUCCCCACACUUAUAAAAUCCCAGUCGCUAGACUUAUAUAAUGAUGACUGUACUUUUGUAAGUAUUGAACAGAAGUUGCAUAACCGUCUUCUUCCAAAUAUAAAUGAGAAUCGGUCAACUGAUAACCAAGAGCCACAAGAGUCUAGAAAUGAAACAUCGAGAUCGGAAACAAUUGAGCAUUGUACUACAGGAACUGAUGGAUGCCAACAGAUAAUUCAAAAGCCAAAUAUUUUAACAGCAACAUUUAAGACUACAGAAUCUCGCCCAAUAUACCCUAAUGUACCAUAUAGUCCGUAUGGAAGCCCAAGAUCAGUACGACGCCGACCUCCCCUGCGUGAAUCGCGCAGAAUUUCCAUCGAAAAAUCCGGAAGCUUUUUGCAACUCAAUCAGUAUAAGCUUAUGGAUCAAAUUGGUCAGGGCUCAUACGGACUUGUAAAGCUAGCUUACUCUGAAGAAGACUCCACACAUUAUGCGAUGAAAAUUCUUUCAAAAAAACGCUUAGAGCGCCAAGCUGCCCUUAUGCGACGUAGUCCGAAACAAGCCACUUCUUAUCUGGAUCGUGUUUAUCGAGAAAUUGCGGUAUUGAAGAAACUGGACCAUCCCAACAUUGUGAAGCUUGUUGAAGUUUUGGACGAUCCUUCAGAGGACUCGCUCUACAUGGUUUUCGAGCUGGUAAAAAAGGGAGAAGUCCUUUGUAUACCCACAGAUAAACCAUUGUCUGAAGAGCGUGCUUGGAGUGUAAUUCGAGACUCAUUACUUGGUUUAGAAUAUUUGCAUUAUCAGAAAAUUAUUCACGCGGACCUUAAACCAGGAAACUUAUUGUUGACUGAAUGUGGACAUGUGAAAAUCGCAGACUUGGGAGUAUGUAAUGAGUUUCUGGGAGAAGACGCCACAAUGAGUAAUGGUUCUACAGCUGGAACACCCGCUUUUCGAGCCCCUGAAACCCUAGUUUUAGGCCAGAAUGUGUACUGUGGUCGAGCGGCAGAUAUUUGGGCGCUAGGUGCAACAUUAUUUUCAUUGGUUUAUGGCAGCGUUCCUUUUAUAGCUAACUCAAUACCUUUACUUUAUGAAAAAAUAAAAAACGACGAUGUGGUUUUCCCAGACACACCAAUAAUUAGUGGUAAUAUGCGACACUGUAUUAUUCGAAUGCUUGAAAAGGAUGCUUCACAUAGGAUAACUUUGCCACAAUUGAAGAUUGACCCAUGGAUCACAAGAAAUGGAAUUAAUCCAUUGCCUACAGAAGAAGAAAAUUGUUGUCUAGUACAAGUAGACGACGAUGAUAUAAAUUCGGUUGUUCGCAGCAUUCCGAAGCUUGAUACUCUCAUCUUGAUCAAAACAAUGCUGAAAAAUCAUUCAUUUGGCAAUCCAUUUUUUAAAGGAAUUUCGGGAAAGACUCCUCAACCUGGUGGUUCUAGAUUACAAAAGUUUAUUCAAGCUGGUAGAUCAAAUUCGGCACCUGGUUCAUACCAUAUGGCAUUAGACAGACAACCAUCAACGGAUAAUGUACUCCCAUCAUUGACUGAACAUAGUCCAAAUCAUAGAAUUGAAGAUUUAUAAUAAAUAAGCACGAUAUCAGGAUAAAAUAAAAUACUUUGCGAUUAAAUAAUAACACCAAUAA